AUCCUCGGACCCCAUCUCACCCUUGCCGCUGGUUGCAGCACUUAUGUCCUUUACGCCGGUUCCUUCCUCUACUACAACCAUCAUAAACACCAGGCUUUUGCAAUUGCUGCUGGUGGCCUUCUCGGCAUUGGCGCUGGCCUUCUUUGGGCUGCUGAAGGCGCUAUUAUGACUUCUUACCCUCCACCAAAUCGGAAGGGCACUUAUAUCUCCCUGUUUUGGAGCAUUUUCAACAUGGGUGGAGUUGUUGGUGGACUUAUUCCUUUUAUUCUAAAUUACCACAGAAACGAGGCAGCAUCUGUAAAUGAUGCCACUUAUAUUGGCUUCAUGUGUUUCAUGUCAGCAGGGACCCUUCUUUCCUUUGCCAUUUUGCCACCCGACCGUGUUGUCCGUGAUGACGGUACACGAUGCACCAAUGUUAAGUACUCCAGUGUCUCCACAGAGGCAGCCGAGGUUCUCAAAUUGUUUUUUAAUUGGAAAAUGCUCCUUAUUGUCCCUGCUGCUUGGGCGAGCAAUUUCUUCUACAGCUAUCAGUUCAAUAAUGUCAAUGGUCUUCUUUUUAAUCUGAGGACUAGAGGCUUAAACAAUGUGUUUUAUUGGGGGGCACAAAUGCUAGGCUCUAUUGGCAUUGGUUACUUCUUGGAUUUUAGUUUCCAGAGUAGGAGGAUGAGGGGUUUUGUUGGGAUUGGUGUUGUUGCUUUGCUUGGCAGUGCAAUUUGGGGUGGUGGUCUCGCCAAUCAACUUCCUUACUCCCAUGAUCGUCCACCUACCAAGUUGGAUUUCAAGGAGUCUGCUUUUGCUGGCCCUUUUGUUUUGUACUUCAGCUAUGGAUUGCUGGAUGCCAUGUUUCAAAGCAUGGUUUACUGGGUCAUAGGAGCCUUGGCUGAUGAUUCACAGACCCUUAGCAGGUAUAGUGGAUUUUAUAAGGGAGUGCAAAGCGCAGGAGCAGCGGUUGCUUGGCAAGUGGAUUCGCACAAGGUUCCACUGCUUUCCCAGUUGAUUGUCAAUUGGUUACUCACCACUGUAAGUUAUCCAUUGCUGGUGCUUCUAGUCAUGCUAGCUGUAAAGGAUGACAACAAAACUGAAGAUAAAACUGUGAAGGAAGCUACUGUUGCGUCUUCUGAUAAAGACAUCACCACUGCUUAAGUCCACUUAGCUGUUAUUUAUUCUGUUGUCUUUUCCCCCACAUUCUUGCCAAAGUGGAUCUUUUUCUUUACAAGUUUAGACAACUGUUAUGAUGUAUGUGUUACUACGCCAUUGUUAUCUCCAUUAAAAGGAAAUCGAAGUUAAAUGCUUUUGUGCAGAGCUUUCUUCACUCAUAGAAUUCUUGUAUCUUGGUUAACCCUGCUUACGCUCUUCUUGCCCUUUCUUAAUUACAAUCUAUGAAGAUAACCACUGGUUUCUAUUUUUCAGCCAUGACGUACAGUAUGCCUUUUCAGUUGAUACAAGAUAAUAUGUCGCUUGAUCAUGUAUGGAAUACCCCCAAAGCUCUGAAAAACCUUUGCUCUGACAAUAGUAUAAAAGAAUAAAUAAAUCUAGGAAAAGGUUGAAUACUGUAUUGCUUUUUUUUCUUUUUUUUAUAAGUAACACUAUAUUGUUGAUUGCUACUUUUCAUUAUGAUGGUGAAAAACGAACUACUAGAGCAGUUUUCUUUUCUAUGCAAUUCUAUCUGAAUGAGAAGAUAACAAUGACUAUUCAGUGACACUAACGCCUUGGCACCAGCAGAAGUUAGAUGAUGAGGUUCUAAUGUUAUGUUGCACUUUUGCUGCUCCAAGUUUUCUGUGAUACUGCAUCAUCUGAUUUAGCUGUUGUUUCCAUAGAAACAGUUUGCACAAGUUCUAACUUUUCCCUCCUAAAGAAAAUCACUGACUGACAUCCGAUUUCUAGGCCGGUUGUAUUUUGUCAUGAUAUCUUUGUGGCAAUAUAUUUAUAAACUACUCAGUCUGCAAUCAUGAUGUGCGUGGGUCUUUCUGUCCAUAGAUAACACUUUGCUAAGUAUAUUGAGCUAUUAAACUGAUUUGUUAACAGGCAAUCAUGGUUCUUGCUUUGUAAUUUACAUUCUAUGUUAAAACAGAAAUUUGUCUUCGAGACAGAGCAUUGAUGCUGUUGGUUUUGAACUGUGAUGCCUGAUCAAUAAGGUUUUCUUUUAGCAUUCUUGCUUAGGACUAAAUUUUACACGGUUAUUUUUCAGCCUAAAGAAAAUCUACAUAGUAGCUUCUAUCUGUCACAGAUUCAGGCUCCAUUUGGACGAGCGUUGAGAUUGAAAACAAUAAUAAAAAUUUACUGUAGCAGCUAUUAAAAAAUUACUGUAGCUGAGAAUGAAAAAAAAUUUAAUGAGAAAUUUAUGCUAAUUUGACCUCAUUAGGGUUGACGUUUGGAUUCAACUGGAGGUACGGUGAGCUUAAUCACCGGUGCGUGGGAUCCAAAUGGCUACUCAGAGUUCUUUUGUGGUACAGGUCUUUUUCUUCUCUGUUCUGUUUUGGAUAAAAUAAUACUCAAUGGUAAUAGUUUAACAGUGUUAAUCGUCAAAGAAUACAGACAUAGUUUAUAGUUUAGUGUGCAGCAGAUAUGGAAAGUGGGAAACUUAUGAUCCUUGAAAAGCUGUUUUCUUAUUGGCUUUUAAUGCUUAGACACAGGUAGGCAGAUUUUGGUAACAUAGCAAAAACAUGCAUAUUUUAGCAGCAAAAUUUACAACCUAACCUGCUGAAUCACAUUUGUUUCAUAGAACUUUGUUUAUUUUGUGUAUUUUCACAUAUCUUCUUCAAUGAAUUACAAGUUUUGCUCCAUCAGGUUGUUGCUAUACUCUCUUUUCUGAAUCUUGUAAAGUUCUGUAAGGCUGUUGAGUGUGUUAAUUGCAAAAUCAUUUGUAACCAUUCAAUAUCUUGAAUCAUACCAUGUGGGUUUUGAAGUUGUUCUACUUUGUUUAAUGGCUUGCAAUGGCAUUUGCUAAGGUGGCUCUUUUUGCUUUCCUGCUUUAAACUUCAUUUCAUAUAUCAAUAUCUUCCUGGAGAAUUUAUCAAGAGCCUUGCAUAGAAAAUUUUAUUGUACAAAUGUAACAAUGAUGGAUUUUGUUUUCUGGCUGUAUCUGCAGUUUGAUUGGCUUUUUACUUGUGCUUGGAUUGUUUUGUCCAGUAAAAUCCAACUCUUUUUUUAUUAAGCGAUAAGGGGUUUUUGAGCUUUGCCAAAUAUAUCCCCUUCUCGAGCCGAUGUAAACAGGUUUAUCUACACCUGACCUAGCUAAUUCAUGGGGAAGUUAGCUUCCCAUAGCUUUCUAACAGAUUUGAACCUAAAAGCAGAGAACGAAGCACACUCUCUUUACCACUUGAGCCAUCCAUUGGGUAACUUUAAAAUCUUAUUUAAAUGUAGCUCAGAAGCUCUUAUUUAAAUGGUACUGAUUUGGUUUCUGGUGUCUUCAAACAUAUUUAUAUUUGAUUCUUGCUUCUUCAAUCCUUACCAUGUAGGCUUGUGCAACUACGCCAAUUAGGCCUUGCUCCAAAGUUCAGAUCAUGAGUCAAAUUGUUUUUUGUUUCCUCAAAUGUUGUCUGUCUCUCUGU